AUGUCCUCAACAUUCCUCCUACGCCGGCUCCCGGCAUCUAUACCAUCCACAUCGUCCACUCGAAUUGUCGCAUCAUGCAACACCAGUCUCCUCAGCCGUCUCCAGCCCUCACCUCAUAAUGCCUCUGUACUAACACAUACCCGACCAUUCUCGCAAACAGUUCCCACCUAUUCCUCUCCUUUCCGCCUAUCCUCGAACAACAACACAACCGCCCAAAAUGACCACCCUCCAUCUCCCGAAGAGUACCCCAACGGCGAACCCAUGCCCUACUACAGUCCUUACAAGCCCAAGCGCCAAUGGCCCCCAGACAUGUCCAAGUUGUCGCCGAAACACCAGUUCCGACUCGAGCGCAAAUAUCGUCGGCGUGCGGCACUUAAGUUUGCUCGACCCAAGUGGGUGAAGGCGACGAAGUUGGUUCAAUGGGGUGUAAUCGGAUUCGUUAUUGUGUAUGCCGCGCUUUUUAUGGAAUGGGAUGAGAGGGGGAGCCCGUUUGAUGAGUUUCGAAGGGUUUUCUUUGCUGGUGUCAAGGGGGCAUUUUCUACCCCUCCACCUCCAGGACCGGUCAAGAGGUCGGAUGAUAACUGA